CACAAUGUAGUAUAGGCGAUUGGCCUGACCUAUGUAUUGCUUUUGGUGGUCAAUAAUGGACAUUUGCAGGGGUAUUGGACUAUUACAUACCUCAAAGUUUAUACUUCCUGAUACACAUAUUUUGUCGAAGUUUGUGUGCUCACUGAAUUCUUAUUUACAUGUACACGCUUUUAUAACUGUGUCAUCGGUGAAUAGUAUCAGAAAUGGGCAGUCUGUAUGGUUUAUGACAAAAAGCUGGUAAAGCUCCGUAUAAGUCAAUGAGUCAUGAGCUAAAAAACAUAGCUAUUUACUUCGGAUCGUUUGUUGAUCUCUACCUACCUGUUGUGUUUAAUUGUUAUCUAAACCUAUCUUCAAUCCGGCAUGGAGCAAUCUUUUGAUACCCCACGCUUUAAUUAUCAACCAUGAUUUUGUAUAGUUUUGCAUACUGUAUAUAGGGCCUAGUUUUGCCUCUGACAAAGGACCUGACUGAAACUUUUGCCGAUGUGUGGUUUCCUUGUGUCUAUAGAUGCGUCUUUUUUUCUAUAGAGUGUAUCCUGAUAGGAAAUAUCUUCCUCUAAACUAAAGCUUUAGUAUGGCAUUCCCUGUCGCACCUGUUGAAUGCUCGUGACAUUAUGUGGAAGCUCAGAUCUGAUACACCCUUGGGUAUGAGUAGAUUGGGACUAUUCUCAUUUCUUGCGCUGUUGGUCUCAGGCUGAUCGAUACUGCAGUAAUUAGCCACUUUUGUGAUUGGUGACUUUUUGUUAUUUUCUUGAAGUGGGAUAUAUAUUAAGCAGAGGGAGGAGGACUGUUGAUUUUGCAGCACCUGACUUUUCAAAACAGGAGUUUAUCUGGAGUUCUGGAGAGUUUAGAUUUGAGUCUUGAGGAUCGUAUCAUCUUCACGCCGGAUGUGAUCUGACAUUACACAAUAUGUUUUAUGUCGAUACAGAGAAUGACGUCCAUGUUUCAAACCGGAGGAUGACGGAUCGCAUCAUCAACAUCCAGGAUGAGGAUGUCAUCCACCGAGGAUGGCUCAAGAAGCAAGGCGGGGCGUUCCGCUCCUGGCAACGACGGUACUUCAAGGUUGCUGGUGACUUCAUGUACUACUACACCAAGGAAGAAGACACCCGAGCCCUUGGCUACAUCCCGCUACGUGGCAACGUCCUCAAGAAGCACCCGUACACGGCCGAAGAACCGGGGAAGUACCUCUUUGAAAUCCUACCAGAAAAGCCAAAUAUUAUGGAAGGUAAAGCAAGCCAAGGUCGUCUGGCCGGAAACCAUGACAGCUUCCUUCUCUGGGCAACCAACCAAGCUGAGAUGGAUGAGUGGACGCAGGUCAUCAGGAGGGUCAUGUAUGGUAGGAGGGGUGGAGGUAUAUUUGGACAGAGUCUACUGGACACCUUAACAUCUGAGAGUACAACUACGACCAAACAGAUUCCAUCUAUUAUUGAGCAGUGUGUGACAUUCAUCAAGAAUCAUGGGCUAUAUGAGGAAGGUAUCUUCAGACUGCCAGGAAGGACCAACAAAGUUAAAGAGCUUCAGGAUCUAUAUGAUGUUGGUGUCAAACCUGACUUUGAAGAGUUGAAAUCGGAUGUUCACACCGUCGCAUCCCUUCUCAAACUUUACCUACGUUCCCUCCCUGAGCCUGUCAUACCUUGGCAGCACUACGAACACUUCUACGAGGCCAUCAAACUCUACGAGGAGCGCGAGGAUGAUGGGAAGGGGGAACUCAUCCGUGAGCUGGCGCUGCUUCCGAGAUGCAACUACAACCUGAUGAAAUACAUGUGUUGUUUCUUGCACGACGUCCAGAAGUAUGAGAAGUACAAUCGGAUGGGCGUGCUCAACCUCUCGACCGUCUUUGGACCAAAUAUGUUCCGAGCAAAUAACGAGGACCCUACGGCCAUGAUGGAGGCCACGUCAAUGAGCCAGAAGUUCAUCCACCUGCUUAUAGCUGAGUACGAUACCAUGUUCCCGUCAAAUGACCGCAUCAGCUUCAGCAAUGGCUCCAAAUCAUACGACGAUCUCCCCAAUGCACCCGUACCCCCGCCUCGCCAUAAAGCGCACAGCCAGAUGCCAUCAGGAAGCUUUGACUUGAUUAAAGAGCUCCAGGAUCGCCAGGGGCGAACUCCUCGAGUGCAGACAAUGGCAUCGGACUCGCUCCUCAUCGAUUUAAAUCCCGAAGAGGAGUUUGACAUGGAACACUACGGGAACUCUGCAUUCUCAAAACGUAGCUAUAGUGUAGACGACGGCCUUGUUUAUAGGGACAGUAUUUCUGGUUCGGACACUGCUAGCAUCUCCUCGCUCGGAACUUCUGAACAGGAUUCCCACCAUGUGCCCUAUUCAGAGUUCCAGGACACGGCAUCGGUUGCAUCGACUGCCAGCAUUAAAACAAACAGUGAGUCUUUGGUUAUGAUCAACCCUGCCUGCCAGUUGCAAAUGCCGCAUUGCGACUCAACGAACAGUCACCGCGAGCCGGAGACGGCGUCGCCUCGCAAGGAGAGAAGUGGUCUGGGGAUAGACUUAAUGCAGGGCACACCAGAAAGUGAUCUAUCUCACAUUGGGGACCUAACUCUUUCAUACUCACAUUUACAGGAACAAGUGAGGGCGCUAAAACAGGAACUAAGUAAGCAGAAGGAAGAUUACGAUCAGAAGCUAAGGAAGUGGAAAAUGAAGUGCGAGGGCAUGCAGAUACAAUACGACAAUGCAGAAAGCGCAAGGAGAGCAACGGAUGAACGUAACAAGCAACUUCUAAAACAACUCAACGCUUUCAUAGAUGAAUAUGGACCACAGUAAUAAGAUUAAGAAAACAAGCAACUUCUAAAGUAAUUAACUCAAUGCUUUCAUCGACCGCAGUAAUUAGACGAACGUAACAAGCAAUUUUUCUAAAGCAACUCGAUGCUUUCAUUGAUGAAUAUAAACCACAGUAAUAAGACAAACAAAUCAAGGUACUUAAGCAACUCGACACUUUUAUCAGCUGCAGUAAUAAGAUGAACGCAACAAGCAAAUUCUAAAGCAACUUGAUGCUUUCAUUGAUAAAUAUGGACCACUUAGAUGAACAAAACAAGCAACUUCUAAAACAAUUCGACACUGUCAUCAAUGUAUAUAGUCCACAGUAAUAAGACUAACAUUACAAGCAACCUCUGAAACAUUCUCUGAAGCUUUCAUAGUGGAAUAUGGACCAAACUCACUGAAGGAGAAUGAAAUCUUUGGAACAAGUUGGCUUUUAUGAAAACAGAAUGCGAGUCUUUCACAAAUUCAUCUACACAAGCUGGUGAGAAUUCUUUCUCAAAGCGUAUAGUUUUGUCAUUCUCAACCUUUGGGAGAUGAAUCAACUUGUUGCCUACUAGAAUGUGUCAGUCUCUGUACAAGGCAAGUGGGAGUAUAUAAAAUUGAAUAGUAAAUCCAUUUUUUUCCAUUCGUGGAGAACAAAAUGUGAAUAAUAUUAUAUCAUAUGAUGAAAUGCAAAACUGUAAUGGGAGAAUUUACAUCUUCAGCUUACUCAAUGCAUACAUGUAGUUAUGAAGACAUGCAUAAAACUAUUUUCACUGAAAUAAAACAAAGCUAUAAAAAUAUCAUACUUUUAAUUUUCAGUGUUCUGUUAGUGUGAUUUUACUUAUCUGUUAUGUUUUUUUAUCAGACGGGGGUACACUUUUAAGCUUUACAAUGGUAUGUCACAAGAUGUGUACAAAUUAUGUCUUGUGGUUUUCAAGUGAUCGGGGAGUUGCAAAAUAUUUAUUUCUGAAUGUAAGGUAGUGUUGAAUUUGAGAUAUAAUAGGAAAUGCUGCCAAAAAAACCUCCAGUGGUUUUGUGUUAAAGUGCACUCAAAUCCCGCCUAACAACCGAGCAGGAUUCUCUUGGGUGCGAUACCAAAGCUAUCUCGGGAGCAUUUCGUCAAUGAAAAAUUAUCCAACAAGUAUAGAAGAGCAUUUUAUCAACAUUUUCUGUCAAAUAAGUUGUCAGAUCUGACAUUUUUCCUUCAUUACGAUUGGCUGAGAAGCAAAGUUACUGAAUAAUAGUAAUUAUCACUUAAAACAGACUUUGUUGGAUAAAACAUCUGACAUGUCUCUUCAUAGAAUGCUCCCCAAUUUUAUUCUCAACGGCACCAUAGACUUGAUGCGUUUCAUCAACAUUUUUGUCCUAUAAAUUGUCAGUUUUUACAUUUUGGUUUGGCUGAGAAGCAGAGUUACUGAAGAAUAGUAAUUGUUAGAUAAAACAGAAUUUGUUGGAUGAAAUAUCCUACAAGUCUUUUCAUGAAAUGUCUCCACUGAGUUUUAUCCUCAAUAGUGACCGUAAGUCGUUUCAUCAACAUCUCUGUCAGACAUAUUGCAAAGCUGCAAACUAAUAUGUUUUAACAAUAUUUAGUAUGUUUUUUCAUAAUCAAAAGUGACAAAAUACAAUUUUUUUAUUGCAAAACAUGUUUUUUGUUAAAUUUGAUUAGCAUGCUUCACAUGUGUAAUUUACCCAUUUUUGUACCAUAAUGUGUUUUUUGCUUCAACAUGUGAUUUUAAUUAUGGAUCAGUAUGUUUUUUGGUCAACAGAGGUUGGCAGCUCCUAUAUUGUCAUAUCUGACAACUUUCCUUGAAUUUGAUUGUUUGAGAAGCACUGAUUACAUG